AUGGUGACCAUGUGUGGCUGUAAUCUGGUGCACUCUGGCUUUUUCCACCACUCUGGUGAGUACAUCUGUACAGAGGACUACCAGCAACUCUACGGGACCCAGUGUGACAGCUGUGACCAGUACAUCACUGGAGAGGUGGUAUCUGCUCUGGGGAGGACAUACCACCCACACUGCUUCGUCUGCAGCAUCUGCAGAAGUCCGUUCCCAAUUGGAGACAGGGUGACCUUCUGUGGGAAGAAAUGUGUGUGUCAGCAGUGUUCACACACACUGAGCAGCGACAAGCCCGUCAAGGUCCACGGACCAAGCUACUGUGCAGGCUGUGGCGAGGAGAUCAAACAGGGUCAGUCUCUGCUGGCUCUGGAGAGACAGUGGCACGUCAGUUGUUUUAAAUGCCGAACGUGUGGCCGUGCGCUCACUGGAGAGUACAUCAGCAAGGAUGGGAUACCUUACUGUGAGAGUGACUACCACACUCAGUUUGGGAUCAGGUGUGACAGUUGUAACAGGUACAUCAGCGGCAGAGUACUUGAGGCUGGAGGGAAGCGCUACCACCCGAGCUGUGCCAAGUGUGCCCGCUGCCACAUGAUGUUCCUGGAAGGAGAGGAAAUGUACCUUACAGAUUCAGAGGUUUGGCACCCCAUGUGUAAAGAAGCAGCUCGGCUGGAGAGAAAGCUGAGGCUGAGACGCACCUCUGAGACAGCGUCCAUUUCCUCUCCAGGCUCCUCUCCUCUCCUCGGUUCCCCUCACAGGCUCAUCUGUUCUAAAGCUGAUGGUGAUCUUUUGGACUAUAAGCAGCUGGUGGCUCUGCCCAGGGUCAAAGCCAUAUAUGGCAUCCAACAGCCCGACAUCAUCCCUUAUGAGGCCAACCAUGCACACACACACCUCGCAGAUGACACUCUGGAGCGAUACAGCUGUCAGUCACUGGGCUCCUUAUCGCCAUAUACUCAUGAUCUGUUGGACGGUGUUGAGUUGAGAACGAGGCGUUACUCCAGCUCUGUUUUCACCGACUCUCCUGCACACAGUCGCCACGGAGGCUCCCCACUGCACUGUUAUCUCCCCGGCAGUGAGAGUGGCAGGAGUUCACCCUAUUACAAUCAGCCAGAACCCAGGUGUGCCACACCCACCAUCACCACCACCACCUUGCAAGCCCCCAGGCAUUUCCAUGUGCCAGCUACUGAGGAAACAAACAUCUACAAGAAAGCUCCCAUCUAUAAGAGACAAGACAUAUCUGCAUCUCCAACAGCCAGUAAGAUUAAGACCAAUGAGAACCUUGUCAAUUCCAGCUGCCUUUCCACCUCCAAUUGUAACAGCCUUUAUCACCCAGAGUCGAAUUACUACCCAUAUACUGGCUCUCCAAAAGUCUCCCGGGUAAGGAGGUUUUCGUCUGGUGGAGAGGAGGAUGCAUGGAAUCACAAUCUAAAUAGGGGAAUUGGAAGGUUGAUCCUGAAGGAGGAGAUGAAGGCACGGUCUGGUUGUCACGACAAUGACCAGUGGGGAAGCAGACGCAGUUCCCGCUGUAGCAGCAAGGAGGGGCUGAACAAUCUGGGAUUCAGCUCCCUCAGUGGCUCUCCCAGGUCCAUCUACAGUGCAGACAGCAACUCAUUCAUUGCCAAAUCGGCCUCGUUGCCAGGCUACGGCAGAAAUGGACUAAACAGGCCUGGGUGUGCAGAUCAGUUCCAUUAUGACAGCAGUAAUGCCGUUAAUUGGCAGAUCAGAGAAUACAAGAUCUACCCAUAUGAAGCCCUAAUUGUGUCAGUCAGAGGUCAGCAGUGUCUCCCAAGUGAUGUGGACCGAGCCAGACUGGAGCGUCACCUCUCACCAGAAGAGUUCUUCAGAGUCUUUGGCAUGUCCAUGUCUGCCUUUGAUCAUCUUGCUCAGUGGAAGAAGAACGAAAUGAAGAAACAUGUCCGACUCUUCUGAGAUAAUGAAAUCGCCAGAAGUGUGUAACCACCACAAACCAUGUGCUCUGAAGUGUAGCCUCCAAGAAGAACUCAGCUUGGACCCUAGGUUGAUUCUGUGUCACGGUGGAAGAAGUGGCCAAAUGAGAGUCUCUCCUCCUUCCAGUUGGCAAGAAAAGAUGUGUUGACCUCCAGCUUUGUGUGCUUUAACUGGACUUCCUCAGCAAUAUAUGUGGAGCAAUAUGUACUGGCCAAUAGAGAGAACUAGAAAAUUUCGAAAGAAUUUUUGAGUGUGCCUGACUGUGGCCCUGUCGUGCCCAUACAUUAUUAUUGACACUGCAGUAGCACAGAGACUUCAAUAAAGUUAGUUAAAGGCAGGCUUGAGGUUUCCAAGCAACCAGGGCCAGGCCAGAGCAAUUAGGCGCAGGUGCGCACGCACACUCUCUCUCCUGCUGACCCCUGAGAGAGACAGAACAUCUCAAAAUGAACCCCCUUGAACUAGUGGCCACAAAUGCCAAACUGUAGAUCGUAUCAAAAGGCCAAAAUGACCAUGAGCAUCCCCAUCUUGUCGACCAUUUCCGUGCCAAGUUUCAGUUGUGAAUGUUCAAAACUGGGACCUAGAUCCUGGGGUUUAGAGUAGAGUACAUGGGGCUGUGAGGGACACAUGUUUUGAUACCUUUUUUUGUGUAUGGGUGACCAAAACUGCGGGAGGAGUAGCAUGCCGAAAUUCCUCAGAUACGUAAAAAUAAUAAAUAUCGGGAACAGUAAAUAGUGUGCCUGCAAAAACUGGAAUGAGAACUGGAAAGAGAUUCAGAGAGGCAAUUGGCUGUCUCUCCCUCUCCUACCAGCAGAUGGCAGUGUGUUAACAGGAGCGCCAUGGUGGUAGGCUGACAUUAGACCUGACAGACUGUAGGCUGAAGCACUGGGUACCAAACUGAGGGUCUGCCAGCCAGACUGACAUUUAUACCUAAAUUGGGGGAGACUGUUCGAGAAGCAAAUGGGCUGCCUGGGAGACAGACAGGUUUCCUCAGUGACUCACAAGGUGACAACAAGGACAGACCACAACAACAGGAUUCUCAACAUUGGGAUUAUUGAACGUGACAUUGAACAAGGUUUUCUUCUUUUUUUGAAUGUGCUUGAUUUUGAUGUCAGUUUCUCUAAAGCCAUAUCAGUUUUUCUUGAGCAGACCGUGCAUUUCACUGAAGUCGUUUUUGAAAUAUGAUGUGGUUGUAAGUUUUAAUGUGAAUGAAAUGUGUUAUAACUCUGAGCCCCGAGAAGAGUACAGUUUAGAGGUCAGAUUUUAGUACUACACACACACUUAAAAUGAAUACAUUGGUGUGUGUGUGUGUGUGUGUGUGUGUGUGUGUGUGUGCGUGCGUGCGUGCGUGUGUGUGUGUGUGUGUGUGUGUGUGUGUGUGUGUGUGUCAGAAUAGGAUGAUUAUUCAGAGGCUCUCUUAUUAAAGAGUAAAAUAUUUCUGAACGUAUGGAAGGAAAUAGGAAGAGGUAAAGCAAAGAAGUGGAGGAAGUAACAAGGGAAUGAAUGUGUGAGAAACAAAAAAGAUGCAAAAAAAAGAAGUACACAAAGAAGGUUUGAUGAAAAGUUGAUGGGUGUACAAACUGAAAGUGUUGAUGUAUUCCAGGUGAUAGAAACUGAAAUGGGUUUAAUGGAGCAGAAAGUGUUGAAUGCAAUUAUGUCUGCUGCAGGAACUGAAACUGAGCGUGUUUACAGUUUUUAAUUAAUUUGCAAGAGUCUGUCCCUACAACUUCUAAAUAAAUGACUGGAGCAUCACUCUUUUAUCAUUUAUUGUCCUAAUUACUAUUUAUAAACUCUGAUAUGAUGAUGGUUGGGAUGGUGAGCGCACUGGAUCUAGGGGCUUUAAACACGUUUAAGGGUCAGUGGAUUCUUAAAUUCAAGUGCUUCCUACAGGGAUGUCCAGAAAUGUUGGGCUUCAUAGUGUAAUCUGCAGUAAUUCAGUAUGAAUAAAUGAAUGAGGAAUCCCUCUAUCCCACCGAGUCUGUUAUAAUCUGGAGGAAAAAAACAAUAUUGAGAAAUGUAUGAGAAAGUUGAGGAAUACAGUCGUCCCUCACUAUAUCGCAGUUCACCUCUCGCGGACUCGCUGUU